AUGAAUUUGCGUCCGGGAUCAUUCCAUCCAUUGCGGCUGACCUCUCCGCCUCCAUCAAAGGCACUUCUAGAACUCCAGAAGCAGGGUUUAGAGUUGUCAGUCUCUCCACCGCCAAACACUCUCCGACCGGCCUCAAAUCAUGCCUCCGGGAGAUCGACGCCUUCAGAUCGAGACAAACCACUGCCACUCGAGCCAUUCGAGGGAAAGAGAAGGUCCUCAAGCGUGUAUAGCACUGAUACUACAAUCACCAAUAUCAUCCACAUGUACGGCGGAGGGUGUCGUGAAUUGGACGACAUCCCACCCUUGCCAACACUCCAUCACCCGCAAGCUUACCGAGACACCGUUGCACCUCUUCUCAUCAGGCGUCUGAGCCUGGGCCAUAACCCGUCUCCACCGGUAAAGGAUGUGCCACGAGAGGCAGUCUCGAUCUCAUCUCUUAGAUCUGCUGCUACUUCUACCAAUGCAAUCUCAAGCAACAAGACAGCUCCUUCUUUUACCGAGUUCUCCCGUCAGCUCCAACAGCGCAGAAAUGAACUGGUCUCGCCCCUCUCUGUGUCUUCAGCUGAGCAACAUCGACAAGCGGCAUAUGAUCAAUUAGCUCCGCCCUCACCGCAAGUCUCGUUCGUUGGGCAAUCCGUAUCCCUCUCUCAAACUCCACCCUUGCCCGAUGCCAUGUCCGGGACGAUCUCUGAUACUGACGGUUCCGACCUCCUCCCGCCACCAUUAGGCUUGAGUAGCUCGAGUCUUCCUAGUCCACCGUUUGACGACUGGGAAAAGCCCGCCGAAUUCGAUCCUGCUCGACAUCAUGAUCCUCUUGAAGGACAGUCACAGCCGCACAGCUCCGGCAAAAGUUGGUCACAGAACUGGCUAGAGGACGGCUUCGUCAAUCAGAGUCCAGAGUCCUCGCCGCUUGAACUACAGCCUAGGAAGAGCUUUCGAGUGAGAAAGAGCUCGGCCGAAAAGGAACGAGAGAGAGUGAUGUCUUAUGCCGAAACCAAGUACCCAGGCAUGAAAAGAGACAGUGCUGAGCGGAAGCCGCCACGCAAUAGCAGUGCGAGAUCCAGCCUCCAGCAAAACGUUACCCACUUACUCAGGUCUCUCUCGCGGAAGGGCGCCUCGGAAGGUAAAGAGAGCCGUGGGCAGGAUACUCCACCACGAGAAAGACAGCUGGCCAUCCCUGCAACCCCAUAUCAAGUGUAUGGGGCUGAGGUCUUCGGGAACAAAUUGCAGAAGAGGCAGCAAAAAGAGGCGCGGCAGGCUCAGCGGACGCGUCAAAGGGGAAAAUCCGUCAGUCUCGUCACGGCGUACCAAAACAGUCAAAGUCAGAUUGUCGGGGUUCUUGAAGAGGCAAAACGCAGACUGAGACGGAAGUCGUCGCAGAAGAGACAGCGCAAGCUGAAGGACAGUAUUAUCUUCGUUGGCCCAAGAGAGACGACCGGGGCUGUAAAUGCCUUGGAUCAGCCUACAGUCGACGGCGAUAACUCGUGGAUUUGA